CCCCCCCCCCCGGUGGAAUAAAAACAGCUGCUGUGCCUGGUGGCCAAGGAGUGAGCGUUGUGGCUCUGAGGUAGGGGGGACCAUGGAGAUCUUCAGCAUUCAGCAGUUGGUAAGUGGCGAACGACAUGACGAGAAAGGGAGAGGUUUUGAAGUGCUGGCAGGAAGCGCGGCCAGGGAGCCAGGGAGAUGGCGGUCAGGCCCGGCAGGCGUGUGGGAAGCAGUCAGCAAGGAAAAGCAGAAGGCAGAAGAUGCGAAGAAGAAAAAGCUUGAGACACUCGGCAAUUCCAGGCUGAAGCUAGACAGCCUGCAGGACUUGGAGGCGAUUGUCAAGCUUCGCAAGAAUAAGAAGAGGUUGAAGAAAGUGGUCCGCCCCAAAGAACGGGAGCCAGAAGUGAUGACAGAGCCUGUGGGUCCAGUGCAGUUUCUCCAAGCAGCACUGGAGAACCGGAUUCCUGUGAUUGAGAAAUACCUGGCAGAUGGAGGGGACCCCAACGCUCACGACAAGUUCAGAUGUACAGCCCUGCACCGGGCCUGCUUGCGGGGCCAUGCAGAGAUCGUGGACAAGCUGUUGGACGCUGGGGCCAAGCUGGAACCAAGAGACAUGCUGGACGCGACCCCUGUGCUCUGGGCCUGUCGUGGGGGGCACCUGGAGAUCCUCAAGCGCUUGAUGGGCAGGGGAGCCAAGAUCUCCACACGGGACAAGCUGUGGAGCACCCCCCUGCACGUGGCCGUCCGGACAGGGCACAGUGACUGCGCCGAGCACCUCAUUGCCUGCGGGGCAAACAUCAAUGCGCAAGACAAGGAAGGAGACACGCCCCUUCACGACGCAGUCAGGCUGGGACGCUUCAAGGCUGUGAAGACACUGCUGAUGUACGGGGCAAACCUGGCCAUACAGAAUGAGGAGGCGGUGACUCCAGUGGACCUGGUGAAAGACUGGCAGAUGGGCAUCCGAGAGACACUGCAGGCCUGUGCCAACCGGCAGCGAGGCCCCUUCAGGAGCUGCUGAGAGUGGGGGAUCUUGGGUGGUGGGGUGCUGGCUCUGUGAGCUGACAUUCCCCCCGACCCCUCUACCAGCUGGGGACCAACUCACCCCCCUUGCCCUUCAGCAGAUAUGCCCCCACCCCGUCAUGACUCUGGUGCCAGCGGGGCACCAGGGACUUAUUUGGUACCCUCGGGGUGAGAGAUUGUCCCUGAGGCCUCCCUCUUUUGUCUCAACAGGCUUUGAGGGUCAGUUUUCUGCUCCUCGGAGUGGGCUGGGAGCCAGCCAUGCAGGGCCUGUCCCCACUUGCUCUUCCUGGUGGAGCUGACAAAUUCCCUCCCUCUUGUGGCUCUCUGUGGAGGCUGUCACCCGAGGAGAAACUAAGGCACAAGAGAUGGCACUUGGAAACCUUGUGGCUGUGAUCUGGGGCGUGUGUGGGAAUGAUGGUCUUUCUUCGGAAACAGGGAAAUCCGCUGUCCUCUCUGGCCAGCGAGAAGGGUGGAGGGGAAAAAAGGCUUUUAUUACAGGGAGGUGGGUAGAUGCACAGCCCCUUCGGGAACUCCCAAAGCAGCUCUAUCAGGCAGGGCAAGCAGGAGGUGAGGGGAAUGCUGUGGCCGUGGUCCUGCUGCGCAGGAACACCUAGGAGGGGGGCUGCAGGGCUAGUCCCCCCCACCCCGCCAGACACUAGGCAAAGGACAGGAUGGCACACCAGCCUCAUUCUGCUCCCAGAAGCUGGUUGUUAAUGGCAGUCAACUCUCACUUCAGUGCUGGUGAUGGGCGGCACGCAAGCUUAGAGGGUGCAGGGCAGGCCAUGGGGCACACAGCUUUUCUUCCAAUGCUCCACUGCUCCGCCUGGGCCUGUUGCAGGGCAUUAGCUGCAGCAAUGGGUAAGCAGCGCAGUGCAUUGAACUCACCUGCUGGAGCAGCCAGCCAGGGCGCUCGCAGGUGAGGGUGUGUUGAGGCAUUGGGAAGAGACAAAGUAGCCAGCCAGCCACACCACCAGCAUCGUCACCGGGAGCUCAGGAGGAAUGUCUGGGGAGGGCAGGAGCUGCCCCUCUUGUACUGCGCCCCCUCCCCAUCUACUGCCUAGACAGCCUCCUCACUCUGCCGCAUGAUAGGGGGACAGAGAACUGCCCUUCCCAAGCGCCUUUCACUUCUUAACAGUUCUGUUGGGGCUGAGAGUCCAAGGAGGCCUUGGAGGAAAAGGCAGACAGCUUCUGCCUUUCACAGAUCCUGGAGGCCACUUCUGGAGCUUAGUUGCAGCCCUCCCUGGUUCAAUGGUGAGGACUGGAAGCAACUUCCUUGUAGACUGGGGAGCCAUGCCUGAGACACUUAGGCCAUGGCUGGUUAUGAGCCAAACCUCUGCUGGUCUCCAAAAGCAGAAACAAGGAUCCUCUCAGCUGCCUUAAUUUCCCCUUCGAGGCAUGAGGGAAGCACCCCAGCUCUUUCCUGUCAAGCAUCCUUGUGCCUGUUCCCUUGGGAGACGCCCUGGGGUGGGGCUUUGCACAUGCCACAAAGGGCAUAACCUCUUUGCUCCCAGCCCUUAAAAGGUGCCAGCGACUGCCUCCUCCUUGCCAUUCCCAGCCACUGCUGUGGAGCCACAUGCCUCCAGGCAGGGCCCUCUCAUUCCUUGUCUGUUGGAGAAGCAGGAUCUUGGCACUGCUGGUUCAGGCCAUGACCCCCCAACCAAAACAUGAUCCUCAAAGGAUUUAUUCUCUGAUGCAAAAUGGAUCUCAAGUGCUGCAGGUUCCAGAGUUUGCACACUGCUGGCACAGCUGUUCUUGGCAUCAUCCCCUUACUGUUCUUGUUGUUUCUGGAGUGUGCAGAGCAGCUCCCUGACUUUCUGCUAACUGACCUUCACCGUGGAACUGGGUUUCACGUUCUCUAUACCUGACAUACAUACAUGUUGAUGGAUUUUUUCCAAGGUAAUCAGUGAAAGAGCCCCAGAGCCAGGAUGGACAUUGCCCUUCAGUGUCUGGUUACCACAAUGGUCUACCUUGUUGACCUUGCUGUCUGGUACAUGGGUCACACUGGACUUUUAAUACAUGUCUGUGCCCCUUCCGUGGGACGCGGGUGGCACUGUGGUCUAAACCACAGAGCUAGGGCUUGCUGAUCGGAAGGUCGGCAGUUCGAAUCCCCACGAUGGGGUGAGCUCCC